AUGGCUUCCUACCUAACUGCCAGCGAGGCAUUCACCCAAGAGAAAAUGGCACCUGGUGCUUCAAACACUGCCCCCCAGGGAAACUGGGCGGACAAGUACCGUGGGGCCACCGUCGAAGACCUCGACCCCCCAGCCGCUCUCUCCGUCUCUCCCCACGAUAAGAUCUCCGCCGCCAUGCUCGCCGCCUACGAACGAGACUAUACCCACCUGACCGUCAUUUCAUCGGCAAGCCGAUCUCUCAUCGGAUACCUCAGCAUCCCCCGACUCAAGGAGCUUCUGAAGGAGGGCAGCAUGAAAGAGUCCGACUCAGUCGACGCCGCUAUGCAGCGCUUCAACCGGAAACGAGGCACAUACCGCGUCAUCACAAUGGAGACACCGCUGGAGGAGUUGGAGCAAUUUUUCGCCGAUAAGCAGCAAUUUGCUGUCGUUACGGAUGCCUCGCGGAAGUUUGUGCUGGGAGUUGCGACCAAGGCUGAUUUGGAGGAGUUUGUCAAGAGAAGACCUGCAUAA